AUCGCCACGUGUACACAGGUCCACCGUUAGAUUCAGUUAUCUAUAUCCAACGGUGGUAAACACCAUGUCUUUUUGAGAUAUCAAUCCCCAACGGGCAAAAAUCGAGAAAUCCCUCGAAUAGAUCUCAGGCGAUUUUGAAUAUUUCUGUUUCGAUUCUUCAUUCUCUUCCGUAGGAAAAUCCUCACGAUUGUGCACGCAGAUGUAGCUUUCGGAGGUAUGGCGUCAUGAAGCGCGUGGGGUUGAGGAGUUUGGCUCCCACGCCGACGCUUCCGCCGACGACCCCACCGAAGUUUGCCGAGACAAAAUGCCUCUACUUCUCCGAGACCUCCGCUAUCAGCGGUGGUAACGUCGACCAUGGAGGUUUUGUCUCACUCUUCAAAGCUUUCUUCUCUUUGUCUUUCUCGGUUUGUGUGGAUAGGUUUUUUGUUGUGCUCCGGUGGGUGUGAUAUUUUCUGUGUAGAACAGCAAAACCUGCGUCUCUACGCUGAUGAAGGCACCAAUCGUAUGGGUCGACGACGAUAUGCCUCUUUUCUUCCCUUAUGGAGACCCUCUCAGCGCUCGAAAUAAGUUGCCCUUUUCCUUUACUUUCUUGCUUCUUUCGCUUGCUGAUUUCUGAUUCUCUUCUUCGUGUUAUUUAUUUGUUUGUGUUACUCGCUUGUUGCUAAAGUUUUGUAUGUUGGUGUUGUAUGAUUUACACCUUUGGUAACUUGUUUAGAUUGGAGAAUCGAUCAAAAUCUUUACUUUCGGUUAGAAUGCUGUAGCUUUAAAGGCUUGGUUAUUUUACUGGCAUGGUCAACAAAAUUGAAAGGCUCAAAUUCGAAUAGAUGAUUAAUCGCAAACAAAAAGAUUGGAUAUAUUUAUGUUGUAGCAACAAAACUUUAAAAACUUUUCAUCUUUGACUCCGAAAUUUACAUCUAUGACUUAUUUGAUUGUACUGCAGUUUAUGUUCCUUUACUUGUUAGAUUUUAUUUGUUUUUUCUUUUAAGGUUGGUUUCAGAAUUUCUAGGAGGUUUGGAAUCUAAUUGGUACAAGCCAUAUGUUAUCUAGGGAGAGAUGGACUCUAUCCGACAAGAUAUACUUGAGUUUUAUGUAAACUUUGUAAGAUAUUAGUAGUUUUGUUCAAUUAGCUCUUGGUUCACAAUUCUGUCCUUUCUAGCUUUUACAAUAAUGCCUGUGUGCUUUUCCUUCACUUGCUUGAUAGAAAUUCAAUUUUUGCCCUCCAUGUUAUGGGUUUUAGCUGAUAUCACAUUGGUAGGUUUCAGAUGUUGUGUCUGUACAUGAUGUCUUGUCCCAGUUAGAUUGCUUCUACCUAGUUGUGAGAUUAAGCAAUGGUCCAGGAAUCUGUUUUGAUUGUUUUGACUGGUGAUUUUUUUAGGAAAAACAGUCAAAACAGGAAUCAAAAGGUUUGUGUGGUUAGGUUUUUUGUUGUGCUCUCAUCAGUGUAGUCAACAGUGUUACAUUUUCUGUGUAGAACAGCAAAACUAUGUAUCUGCGCUGAUGGAGGCGUCAAUCGUAUGUGUUGACGAGGAUAUGCCUCUUUUCUUCCCUCAUGAAAACGCUCUCAGUGUUUGAAAUAAGUUCCCCUUUUCUUUUCUUUUUUUUUUUUUUUGCUUUUUUCACUCGCAGAUUUCUGAUUGUUCUUCAUCGUUGUUAUUUAUUCGUUUCUGUUGCUCGCAUGCUGUUAAAGUUUUGUAUGUUGGUGUCGUGUGACUUACACUUUUAGUUACUUGGUUUAGAUUGGACAAUCGGUCAAAAUCUUUACUUUUGGGUAGUAUGAUAGCCUUAAGAGCUUUGUUCUUUUACUAGCAUGGUCAACAAAAUUAAAAGCGUUAAAUUUGAAUUAGAUGAUUAAUCACAAGCAAAGAGUUUGGACAUGUAUAAACUGUAGCAACAAAACUUUAAAAACUUUUCAUCUUUGACUACGGAAUGUAUAUCUAUGACUUAUUUCAUUUUACUGUAGUUUAUGUUCCUUUCCUUGUUAGAUUUUAUUUAUUUUUUUAAGGUGGGUUUUAGAAUUUCUAUGGAGGUUUGGAAUAUAAUUGGUACAAGCCAUAUGUUAUCUAGAGAGACAUGGACUCUAUCUGACUUGAUAUACUUGACUUUUAUGUAAACUUGGUAAGAUAUUAGUAGUUUUGUUCAAUUAGCUCUUGGUUCACAAUUCUGUCCUUUCUAGCUUUCACAAUAAUGCCUGUGUGCUCUCCCUUCACUUGCUUGAUAGAAAUUCAAUGUUUGCCCUCCAUAUUAUGGGUUUUAGCUGAUAUCACAUUGGUAGGUUUCAGAUGUUGCGGCUCUACAUGAUGUCUUGUCCCAGUUAUAUUGGUUCUAUCUAGUUGUGAGAUUAAGCAAUGGUCCAGGAAUCUGUUUUGAUUGUCUUGCCUGGUGUAUUUUUCAGGAAAAACAAUCAAAACAGGAAUCAACAAGUUUGUGUGGUUAGGUUUUUUGUUGUGCUCUCAUCGGUGUAGUCAAUGGUGUUACAUUUUCUUUGUAAAACAGCAGAACUACGUCUCUGCGCUGAUGGAGGCGCCAAUCGUAUGUGUCGACGAGGAUAUGCCUCCUUUCUUCCCUCAUGAAGACGCUCUCAGUGUUUGAAAUAAGUUCCCCUUUUCUUUUUCUUUUUUUGCUUUUUUCACUCGCAGAUUUCUGAUUGUUCUUUAUCGUUGUGUUUUAUUCGUUUAUGUUACUCGUAUGCUGCUAAAGUUUUGUAUGUUGGUUUUGUGUGACUUACACUUUUGGUAACUUUGUUUAGAUUAGAGAAUUGGUCAAAAUCUUUACUUUUGGGUAGAAUGAUAGCCUUAAGAACUUUGUUCUUUUACUAGCAUGGUCAACAAAAUUAAAAGCCUUAAAUUUGAAGUAGAUGAUUAAUUACAAGCAAAGAGAUUGGACAUGUUUAAGUUGUAGUAACAAAACUUUAAAACUUUAAUAUGACUACGAAAUGUAUAUCGAUGACUUAUUUGAUUUUGCUGUUGUUUACGUUCCUUUCCAGGUUAGAUUUGAUUUUUUUUUUAAAGUUUUGUUUCAGAAUGUGUUUGAUGGUUUGGAAUCUAUUAGGAACAAGCCGUAUGAAUCAAGGGAGACAUGCCCACCAUCCGGCCUCAUGUACUCUAGUUUUAUGUAAGCUUGGAAAAACAAUCAAAACAGGAAUCAACAGGAUACCAAGCGGAUAUCCUUCUCAUGUUGGUCAUGGAUCUGGCAGCGCAUUGAGUACACUAAACCCAUGAAAAAUUUCCCUAAGUAUUCUUGCAGUCAAUAUUCACUAGAUUCCUUGAAGAGGUAACUGGAUUUGAAAUCUAUGUGCUCAGUUAAGGCUUAUUCAGACUGAUCUUUUCUAUAUCAAGACGAUCUUGAGAGACAGAUUUUCAUGUUGAGGCUUUUGAAGAGCACCAUACUAGAGAAUGGGCAGGCGAAGACAAUCAAGCCACUGUCGAUGAGCUGUGAGGUUUCAAGAGGUUUGGGUCCACCUAUGGUUUGCUUUUUAAAAUCUGCUUGAGUUCUUAUUUUUCCUAGGUUAAAUUUUGUCCAGCUAAGGUUACUUCAGGUACGUUUUCAUAUCUCAGUUUCCUAAGGUUUAGGCCCACAUUUUUUAUUACCGUUGUGAGAUGCUUAUCCUCUAAGUUGUGAAUGUUAAACGAAUGUUCUCAUACACUUACGAUAAUUUCAAGAUUUAAAGUGGAUAUCCUUCUCGUGUUGGUAAAGAUUCCGGUAGUCCCCUGAGUACUCUAAACCCAUGUAACCUAUGUGUUUAGUUGAGUUUGAUUUGGAGUGACCUUCUCUACAUCAGGAUGAUCUUGAUGGCCGGAUUUAUGAUCUAAGAAGACAAUCAUAGCACAGCUGAUGAGGUACAUGAGAUUUCAAAAGUUUAUGGGGUUCGCAACUUGUUUUCUUUAGGGUUGAUUUUCGGCUAUUAUCGAGCUUCUGGUUCAAUCUCUCAAAACCAUCUGAUGGGAUUUCUAAUGGUCUAGAGACCUAUGGUGAGCUUUGGGGCAUAGCUCUCCAAGGUCCCAUGACACUUCUGAAAUUUGUCGUGUUGGUUCCUUUUCUUAUUCCUUAUGAGUCAUGGAUGAUCUUAGAUAUUAUCUUAUGGUUUGUAUGAAUUGUUUAUCUUCUUACCUAUUAAGUUCUGUCUCACACAAAGUAUUUUCUUUUACCUUCAGACGUUUGUGUAUGGAUUCUUAAUAACAAAAAGUGAAAUUGGUUUACAGGGUUCCCUCAUGUCCAUUAGUUUCGUUUUCGUUGUUAUCAAUCUUGCAUGUUUGUAGGUUCGCCCACUGGUGAUGAUGAAUGGAGUAUGUAGUUGUACCUCAUGUUAACUUUUGUCUCAUUUCCUGCUCCUAGUUUAAUUCGAUUUCUGUGUAUUGUUUGUCUGCUUUCCAAAUUAUUUGUCUCACACAAAGUGUUUUUUUCUUGCUUUUGAUGUCUGUGUAUGGAUUGUUAGACGCAAAUAAUUAAAAACUUCACGGAGUGCUACCUUGCCCAUUUGUUUCUCUGUUUUCUUUUUUCUUUAUUGGUUCUCAUCAGUCUUCGAAUCUGGGAUUUUUGAAUGCUUGUUUCUAGUUUCUCACUCCCUAUUGCACGUAUGUUAUUCUGUGUAAUUUGGGCCUCUCUAUAUGACUGCAGUUUCUACAGUAUACAUAUGAAAUAGUAACCCUCAAAGGCUCAGUUCCACUUUAGGCAGCUUGGGUACUUCUGCAGUCCUCGAUCUCUUAUGUUUCACAAUUUGUCUUUCCUGCAAACAUUGCGUAUGUAUAUCUCGUUAGAAUUUUCUGGGUUUUUGAGGUUCAGUUACUUUAACGCUGAAAAUGCCUGUAACUACUGUCGACUUGUGUUCCUGGCAUUGUAGUCGGUUGCCCAUAUGCUAUGUUUGUUUUCAGAUUGCUCUUUCAUUUUGUUUGGUUUCUUGGAAUUGCUUUGACGGUUAUAGUUUUCAGGUUUCUAUUCCUCUUUUGCAGUUUUUGGAGUUCACAGUUUUUUUAUUUUCUUUGUCAGUUAUGAAAUAGUGAGCCUAAAGGCUGAGUUCCACUUUAGGCGGCUGAUAUAACUCGGAGAUUCUAUCAUAUUAAAUUUUCGACAAAUCCCUUAUGUAUGUCAGGUCUCCUUUUGUGCUAUUUUAUUCCCAAAUAUAUAUAUAUAAUCUGCUCGUGUAGUUUUCUUUCAUUUUUUGGAGAUUUCAUUACAAUAUGCGUUAGUGGUGGCUGUGAUGUACGUGGAAAAUUUAGGGUUAUGGUACCUGAAUUCGUAUCCGAAAGAUUCAGUAUCAAAUUUUGAUACCUCAAUUCACACCUAAGACCUUCGGAUACUCGAGGAUUCUUAAUCGUGUUUACUCACCAAUUGUAUAUCCUUUACUUGAAAUGGUUAUCCUUAGAUAUUUAAGUGGAAGCUGGAAAAGGACCAGGCCCAGGAGGCUCCUUUAAGUCGAAUCUUGAUGGAGCAUUUGAUUCCUUCCUAGUAAUAGAAUUUAUUCCUUUCUAUUCUGUCAGUUGUAGGUGAAAUAUUUAUUGUCAACUUGUGUUCCCUAUGUCCUAUGCUUCCUAGUAAUCUUGUGCAUGGAUUCUUAGAAGCAGAUUAUUGAAAACAGUUCAUGGGGUGUCAUCUUGCCCGUUUGAUUCUCUUUUUUUUUGGGGGGUUCUCAUCAAUCUUCUUAUGUCGGAUUUUUAAGUGCUUGUUUCUAGUUUCUCACUCCCUAUUUGGGUUUUGCAGCUAUGCUCUCUGUAUGUUAUUUUGUUUAAUUUGGGCCUCUCUUAAUCAUCUAUCUAACUGUGGUUUCAACUGUACGCAUAUGAGUUAUGAAAUAGUAAGCCAUUGAUCUCUUGUGUUUCACAAUUUGUCUUUCUUGCAAUACUUGUGUAUGUAUAUAUCGUAGAUUUUUCUGGGUUUUCCAGGGUCCAGGCUCAGUUACUUUAUACAGAAAACUCCUAGAAUUAUCGUCUACUUGCGUUCCUUGCAUUGUACAUGGUUGCUCAUAUGUUGUGUUAGUUUACGGAUUGCUCUUACAUUUUGUUUGGCUUCUUAGAAUGGCUUUGACGGGGUUACUCUUUGGUAGUUUUUGGAAUAAUGGCAAAACAGAUCCUAUUAGGCUUGUUCCGAGUCGUAGUGUCUAGAGUAUGUAAAUAAUUAUACGUAUACGGCAUGGAAGAACUAAACAUAUACGGCAUGGAUAAAGCAUUUCAUUAUAUCUGUGUUUUGUUGUUUUUAAGGGCCCUUUGUGUCUUACAUUCUCACAAAAUGUGACAGGUUUGUUCUAUUUAGAUUAUCCUGUAUUGAAACAUGACCGAAGGUAUGGAGGUGGGAAGUGGAAGUUGGGGUACCCGAGGGGUAUUCGACCUUGAAUCUGGGCACAGUUCGGGUUCUAAGGUUCGAAAUCUGAUUCCGAACCCAUCGUCGAGGUCGGAUACCGUAAAAUCUAGGCCGCUUGAUUAGUAGUGCCUAACCCUACAACCCGCGGUCUGUGUCGGGAUGUUUGUAGGUUAAUGGAGUACGUAGUUGUACCUCGUUUUUUCAGUUGCGCUUUCUGCAUGUUGACGUUUGUCUGAAUUUCGAUGGUAUCUUCUUUGUAUUCAAAGUACAAUGCCAGGAACACAAUCGUCGUCUGUCGAAAAUGUCCUGGCCUUGUACGGAUUCUCAGAAAGAGUUCAGUGUUUCUUAAUUAUCCUCUACUGUUUUUAUAUUUAUUUCUUAAUAUUACCUAUAUUUUCUCUGUGUUUCGAAAUUUGAAUAAUACCAAUGCUGAGUGCUGUGUGGAGUGGUAAAGAGUCAUUGUGUUUUCUCGUGAUUCAUAUUAAAUUUGUUCUUUAGACAUAUAGAUUUAUAAGGUGAAAGAAAAACAUAGAAACUUAAGUUCAGGGGUCCAAUCACAUCAACAUCAUUUAGAUAAUUUUAUUAUGGAACAAUACUAAUUAUGGUUAAUAUUUUUUUAAAAAAAAUAUUAUUUUUAAUAUGUAAAUUGUGUUUUUUUAACUAGUUAUUUGACUUGUGACUUUUGCUUCGUUAUCUAAGAGAAAACGGAUUGAUAAAACCAGAUCGGACUGGAUUGGAUAAAAAAUUCUGGCAUGGGCCAACUCGUUUUACGCCGGUGUCUUGAACCGCUGAAUUUAGGGUCCGAUCACGUGAAUACGACCUCGAUUAUAACAAUAUGACUAAGCAAACUUGUGUAUGUAUUCCCUAUAAAAUAUAUAUAUAUAUUGAUAUGUGUCUGGAAAAUGAGCACUUUUCAAUGGGCCCAUGAUUCUAUGGAAGAUGUCAAUUUGAUGUCUUCAACCCCUAUUCAAGAAAUGAAAUUGGACGAUUUCCAUUCAGGUGGAUUCUUAUCCAAGUUAAUAACCUAAAUUAGAAACAAAAUUGGAUAGGUGGGUUAAUUAAUACAAUUCAAGCUAUUUUUUUAGUUCACCAAAAAAAAAAAAACCAAAGUCCAAGUCUUAGUCGCCAAGAAAUCUCAAAACCCCCUUUUGACAUCACCAGCGACGAUUUCACUGAAUAGGGUUGCGCCACGUGUUCCAUGACCGUACGUUGCCGUCAGCCGCACGCGUUGUUCCGAGCCGCCAAAUUCCGGCAGCGGAAAAAACCUCCAAAGUAAUUCACAUAAAUUCUUUAUACAUAUAAACAUCCCAAGAACUGAUUCUGACGUUUCCCACGCAAAGUUUAGGAAAUAGAGAGAAGGUCCCUUUCGUUCCAUUCAACUGGAAUUCGAGUUCCAUACUUCUAUUGUCCGAUGGAAAAAUUAGAGAGUGGCGCAUCGAAACCGAGCCUCUCUGUCUCUGUGGUCUCUUCGGGCAACAACAUAAACAGUCCGAGAAGGAGGCGACGAGACGGGGAGGCAGUGGAAGCGACGUUACAGAGAUGGGCGGUUCGGAACCAGGACCUAACCGGGACAACCGGUUCGGUUCGUAGGGUUCCGGCGAAGGGAUCGAAGAAAGGUUGUAUGAGGGGGAAAGGUGGGCCGGAUAAUCCGGUUUGCCGGUUCAGAGGGGUCAGACAGAGGGUUUGGGGCAAGUGGGUCGCCGAGAUACGUGAACCGGUUAACCGGGGAAGUGAUUCGGCUCGUCGUGGAGGCAGAAGGCUUUGGCUCGGGACCUUCGCCACGUCAGCGGAAGCGGCUAUGGCUUACGACGAGGCUGCUAAGGCCAUGUACGGACCUCUCGCACGUCUGAACUUUCCUGAUGGGUGUGAUAAUGAACACGAGAAAAUUGCAGAGGAGGAAGGUUCCAGAAGCUAUUUGUUGGAACACGUGAAGCUAGAAGGUUCUGAGCAAGAUCCUUUUCAAGAACAAGACAAGACAGAAAACCAAGGUUCCAUGUCUGUAAACUUGAUUCAUGUGAAUCAAGAACACCAUGGAAACGUAUCUGGAAACUUCCGAGACGCAGGGUAUGAGAUGAGUACAAGAUAUGGGGAUGGAUAUUUGUUGGAGAAUGACAUUGAACAUGACCUGUUGCAAGAAUACCAACCGGGCAGGAACAAGACGGGAGAUCUCGGUUCAAUAUCUCAAUCCGAACUUGGAAUUGCAGGAUCGUUGGAUGCACAGGGGAAACUGAUAGAAUCCCCGUUGCAGGAUCGGCUAAGAGCAAAUCAAGAAAUGUGGUAUGAUGAACCGUUUGACCCCCAGAACCCUGGAGCUAUGUCAAAUUGGACAGAAGCCGCAGAUUUUGAAACAGACAAGAGAUUUCAGGUCUUUGGACCACGUCCUGAUAUGGGUCCAGGGCAAGAACAAGUAGAGUUUGAUCAUUACGUAGGGUUUCCCGAGUUUUUCGGGACCUAGCGGUGCAUAUAGGAGAAUGUUUGCAGUGUGUAUCGUUUUAGGAUUAACAUUCUUUCAUUCGCGAAAGAUAUUGCGGACAGUAAUUUUUUUUUUAUAAUCGGUAUUUUGGACCGUCUAGAUUAAUUUCAAAAUCAGAAACUAACCAGGUGAUCUGAAAUAUACGCUUUCGAACUCAAAACAGGACAUUUUUCGGUUGAAUUAUCCAAAUUUGGUUUAUUGCAGAUAAUAUUUUAUUGAUAUGAAAGAGACCCAAUUGCAAUAAGGACACGAUCCAAAAAAAUAAAGAGAGAUAUCAUUAGAAAAAGAAAAAAUCCAGCGCCGGAUAUUAGAGGAUACCAUAUAAGACAUGUGUACAUGUCAAAUGAUUUGGUGAUGUACAAGCCAUAGUUACGUGACACAGCGUCGACCAAAAAUCUCCGUGUAUGGAUCCUUAAUGGGCCUAAAAUGAGAUUAUUGGGCCGAUUAUUGGAUCUUUGCUUUAUUAUUGGGGCAAUACAAGCCUUCGGCGCUGCAAUUGGUAAGGUUCGUUUUGGGAUUUCUAAUGGAAAAACAUCUAUAUUUUAUUGGUCGUAAUUAUUAAUUAUUAAUUAUGUAUUUAAUUGUUUAUGUGGAAAUCCAAGUCCCUGAUGCUACUUUGAAUCGGAAUUAAGUAUUUACUGGUUUGUUUACAUACAGUUAUUAUAUUUAUGUAAUUUGUAAAACCAAAAUGAUAAAGUGGUGUAGCUUCUGUAGGUUAAUCUUCUCACCCGAACCAAAAUAGAUUAAUAUAUAUUUAGAAAAGAGGGUUAUACUCAGAAAUGCGAGUAAUAAUAAUAAUAAUAAUAAUAAUAAUAAUAAUAAUAAUAAUAAUAAUAGGGAGAGAGAGAUUUGUGUGGUAAAGAGAGAACAAAAGAAACGAGAGAUGCCGUGGUGCGUCGGGAGACCCUCCUCCUAAUGACUUGCGGCCCCAGCAACGGACGACCUGUCCUUUGACUCCCUUUUUCUUCUAUUACAUAUAUAUAUAUAUAUAUAUAUAUGUAUAUAUAUUGUGGUAAUUUUGAAUAUACUAAUUAUAUUUUUAUCAUGCCAGUGUAAUUAUAGUACUCGAAAAUUUUAAAAAAAAAAUAUCAUAAAUGUACAGAAACCGGCUGAAGAUCAUAGCGGAAUCGAUGCAUCAAUAUCUAAGCCCACCGGUCGAGUCCUUGGACAUAACGUGUUGGACCCGACCAUAUAUGAUGUUACAUAUCCAUCCUUUCCGAAUGAGAUUGCCAAAGUUUGAAAACCUGUAAACAUUUAUAAAUUUCGCCCGGAAUACUUCGAAAUUGGACCACCAAAAUGCAUAUCUUUUAUUUUCCGUAUAUUUAUUUAUUUCUUUAAGGGUUUUUAGUUACUCUUUCCGCUUCUAGUAUACUCUCUAAACUUCCCAUUUUUUUUUAUAUAUAUAUAUAUAUAUAAAACAAGAAUGUAGUGGAGGCAACAGUGAAAGCGUGGAAGUACACUCACCCAACGAAUAUUAGAAAACUCACAUUAAACAAUAUAUAUACGCACGCAUAUCGAUAUACAUGUAUGUUCGUGGGCGUUAUAAGAAUCUCUACACCUAAUCUGUAUAUGAAUAUGUUAGGUUUGCCCACGUGUUUUCUCCCCCCAACCACAGAAAAUAAAAAAAAAAAUCUAAAAUCGCUAACUUUUUGCGAGUAGCGUAUCCCAUAUGAAUAAUUUAGUGGAAAUAUUUAAUACACAAUGGUUGGAUAGCCAUCUGUGAAUCAUUGGAGUAAAAACCCUGGACCGACACAUCACGUUUCAACAUUUAAAAAAAUGCGAGGAAAAUAACAAAUUUUGCAAUGCCAAUAAUACAACAAUUAUUAAUGCCAACAAACAACAACAGUAGCGUUGGGAAGAUAGAUGAAACCUACCCAGUUUUUCCGAUUUUUUAACUUUAUAUUUUACAAACCCAAAAAAAAAAAAAAGUUUUUUUUCCCGAUAAAAGAGUAGAAGCGAGAGUCCGACAACGGCGGUGGAUUGAAAGCGUGGAACGGCGUUUCGCGUUUGAACGCAAACGCACGCGCAAAAACAGGAGCAGAUUUUGAAAACCCAGAA